GAGGCCGCGCCCAGGACUGACGUACCGGGGUGCGCGGCGCGGCGGGCGGGGCGCUGGCGCCAUGGAGCGCUACGCCGGCGCCUUCGAGGAGGCGGUGGACGGGGCCCGUCAGCAGGAGCGGCACUACCAGCUGCUGUCGGCGCUGCAGAGCCUGGUCAAGGAGCUGCCCAGCUCCUUCCAGCAGCGCCUGUCCUACACCACGCUCAGCGACCUGGCCCUGGCGCUGCUCGACGGCACCGUGUUCGAGAUCGUGCAGGGGCUGCUGGAGAUCCAGCACCUCACCGAGAAGAGCCUGUACAACCAGCGCCUGCGCCUGCAGAACGAGCACCGAGUGCUCAGGCAGGCCCUGCGGCAGAAGCACCAGGAAGCCCAGCAGUCCUGCCGGCCCCACAACCUGCCUGUUCUGCAGGCAGCACAGCAGCGCGAGCUGGAGGCGGUGGAGCACCGCAUUCGGGAGGAGCAGCGGGCCAUGGACCAGAAGAUCGUCCUGGAGCUGGACCGGAAGGUGGCGGACCAGCAGAGCACGCUGGAGAAGGCAGGGGUCGCUGGCUUCUAUGUGACCACCAACCCGCAGGAGCUGGCGCUGCAGAUGAACCUACUGGAACUCAUCCGGAAGCUGCAGCACAGGGGCUGCCAGGCGGGGAAGGCGGCCCUGUGACCAGGGCAGGUGGGGUCCCUGCCAGUGACCUGCUGCCCGCCAUGGCUGGGGAGACAGCCCUGUCUCACUGUCAUCGCAGGCAGCACAAAGCCAACCUGUCUUCCUGACGUCUGGCUACCACCUUCUCAGCUGCCUGCAGGAGGUGUCACCCUUCUGAGAGAGGCCAGGUGGAUGCUGGUUACGCCUGCCACCCUGUCUGUUUGGGGUUUUCAUCCAAAGCUAGGAAGGUGUGGGAAAGGGGAGAGCAGGUUCCCCGGAUGGCUGGCUGCCCCAGAGCCGGGCAGAGUGCGGCGGGAGGGCCUGGCGCCUUCUCCCUCCUCGGGGCACAUCCCAGCCUCUGCCAUCCCCAGCUUCAAGCUUGUUCUGGUUUGGCCCCACCUUGGCAGGGGUAGCUGAGCGGGAGAGGGUCCAAGGCCCGAGCGUGUGACCCAGAGAAGUAAAGACACCUCAGUAUGGUCUG